AUGUCUCCCACAACCCUCCUCCGUGUCGCUUCGCGCCGAACGCCCGCUACGUUCUUCAAGGCUUCGUACUCUGCGCGAUCACGACUCCCAGCGGCCGCUUCGGCUUCUGCUCCUGCAAUUGUCGCUCUCGGCGGUGCCAGUGGCUUCAGCACUACGGCGAAGAGAUACAGCGCCGGCCACGAGGAGGAGACCUUUGAGGAAUUCUCUACCAGAUAUGAGAAGGAAUUCGAUAGCGUUCAGGAUGUCUUUGAACUCCAGCGAAACCUGAACAACGCCUUCGCUUACGAUCUUGUCCCAUCGGUUGGUGUCAUGACCGCCGCCCUCAAGGCUGCGAGAAGAGUCAACGACUUCCCAACUGCCGUCAGAAUCUUUGAAGGUAUCAAGGCCAAGGUCGAGAACCAAGGUCAAUAUGAGGCUUAUCUCGAAGAACUCAAGCCCCUCCGAGAGGAACUCGGCGUCGUCCUCCGCGAGGAAAUGUAUCCCGCAGAGAGCAAAUAA